UGCUUUCUCACUAGUGAACUUAGUUUAUCAGGCGGAUAAUUAAACAUGGAGAAGCUGCUGCUAUGAUCAUCCAUUCGUAUUUAAUUAAAUCAAUCAUCUUCUUGUAAUGGCGAAGAGUUGGCUUAUUGAUGGUACAACUAUAGCGACGAGUAUAAAAACGUGUGGUCUUCAUACAGAGCAUCAAGUCAUAGAUCACAGUAAAGUAUAUUUGGAAUGCCCACAAUGCAGUUGCAGGAUCGAUAAAUGCAAUGAAAAUGAGUGGCCUGGACUUCCGGCUGGAGUGAAGUUUGAUCCAUCUGAAGUUGAGCUGUUAGAACAUUUAGCAGCCAAAUGUGGAGCAGGGAAUGAGAAGCCACAUGAAUUUAUUGAUUUGUUCAUCCCAACUUUGGAUGAAAAAGAAGGAAUUUGCUACAUACAUCCUGAAAAUCUUCCUGGUGCAAGAAAAGAUGGAACAGGUUUUCAUUUCUUCUAUCGAACCACCAAUGCAUACACUAAAGGUCAACGAAAGCGUCGGAGGAUCUGCGAUACAUCUGGUUUGACGACAGAUGUUCGUUGGCACAAAACUGGAAAUACAAAGGCAAUCUUUAAAAAUGGACAACACCUAGGAUUUAAAAAAAUAUUGGUUCUUUACAAGGACGCUGACGGAGAUCCCAAAUCUUGUCAUUGGGUUAUGCAUCAGUACCAUCUAGGAACCAAUAAAGAUGAGAAGGAUGGAGACUAUGUGGUUUCUAAGAUAAUUUUUCAAGCAAAAAAGCAGACGGAGAAUGUUGUAUCUACUGUAGUUGAAAAAUCAGAUGCAAUGAUGAGUCUAACCACUCCUACAACUCCAAUUGCCAAUGCUCCUGAUCCACCACGGCCGGGAAAGACUCCCUUAUAUGAAGAUGUCAGUGGUGAUUAUGUUAUCCAGUCACCGAACCAGGAUGCAGAGUACUUUGAGCAGAAGUACCUUCCAUCCUUUUCUAAUCCUGAGAAUGAUUCACAAGCCAUCGACUGCACUGCAGGAGCCGCUGUAAACAUAGGUCCUGGAACCACAUGCUUUGAGAAUCUGGACAUGGAUAGUCCGCCUGAUUUUUGCAUUGCAGAUUUGUAUUUUCCACCUGAAGAUAGUUAUUGUGGGUCUUUGGAUUGGUUAUAGAGGAAUAGAGGAGGAAGCUUUAGCCACCAAUUUUUGUCCGAAUUCUGAUAUCUCCCACAGAGACAAGUGAGAGAGCAUUCCAUAUUGCCUGUUGUGGUUUGUGGUCAUGCUACUACAUGUACAUAGCAAGUUCCAUAAGAUUGGUUUAUGAUGCAGAGUCAUAUAUUAACCUAUCUUGUGGUUACUGACUUGAGACUGUUUUUGUUAGUAUGUAAUAUUAUCAUGUAAUAUGUAUGUAGUGACCAAGUGACUAUGACUAAUUUUAAUUUCCUAGUUCUAAU